ACUUCAUGCCAUGUGCAUUUCCCAUUAUCAUGGACAGGCAUAUGUCAUUGAAUCAACAUUAUCACCCUUAGGAGUGUGAAAUAACAAAAUUUAAUGACUCAGCAGAGCAUCAAUGUAUCCAAUAAUGUAUUCUUGUGGCACAAUGCGUCUCUUUUGACCCCAAAUCAAGCUGCAAUUGAACGAAAAAAGGGAUGUCCUCAAUCCUCCGUCGCUGUUAUCGUAGAUUUUGUGCUUGAAAUGGAAGAUUCUAAAGUUACACCAUCGGAUUCGGGUUCAAAUUCCUGAAGAGAGCCACCCACACAUAAUGUCUUGUUCUUUCCUAGUGUUGGUUUAGACAGCAUUUUCCGGAAAGUGUUUAAUAUACAAUUAUUCCGAACAAAAGCCUUCACGCGGUCUUCGCGAUCGAUUCUCCUCCGCGUCCGGAAGCGGCGCUGUUUAUCUUGUUCCGUCUUCUUCGUUUGCUCGUUGAUUUCUCCCCUUGAAUAUCCUAGGCCUUUCAGCAACUGAAUGCGUUGGAGAGACGGGAUUUUUAACUCUUCCUCGUUCCUUCUAGCUUCGGAUCUUCUGCACUCAUAACUUUCUAUUCCAUACGUUUGCUCCUUGUCAUAGCCCCAAUCCAAUGAAAUUGGAGCACCUCUCGAAACCGACGGAUUGUCGCCAAGGCAUAUCGAGUAAUCUCGAACGUCAACGCUUGAAAAGUGAACAGAUUUAUCUUCGUUGCUCUGAUCGAUGUUCUUGCUGCUGCUCCCAUUCUCGUUUUUUACCAAGGGAUUUGCUAAAGUUUCUUCUUUUUUUAAUGAGAUUUUUUUCUUUGACCGACAACAUUCUUUGUUGUGGUUCUCGAGGCCACUGGGGGCCAAUUCCAGAGAGUACAUUGCAGCGUAUCGCAGACACAAAUUGGUUAAACUAGAGAUGAUUUCAACUUGUUGAGCAAUACGCGGUAUCGGGUAGUCACGCUUUUCCUUCCCACGAUACAACCUGUAAUAGGAACCACAGACCUUCCUUCSMGUAGAAAUCUACUUGAAACUUUUGCUCACUGAUCUUUUACUUUGCCAAAUCGAUGGUAGGACUACGUAGACAUAAUCAACGAUUCAACAUGCAGUUUCAUUUUGUGUCCAACAAUGUGAUCGAACUUUGUAUGGGGGCAUCAGUACUUAAGAAAAUACCUCCGGCGCUAAAAAAUGGCUACCAAAAUAGUUUCACACUUCUAACGUUUAGCAGACUUUACUUUCCUUAUGGUCUUCCUGACAAAAAUCAAUAAUAGAGAACAGUAYUUUGUACUAGUAUUCCGGUACUCCAAUGUAUGUCCUGUCCAACUCUUCAGUCCAGAAGAAAAAUGUCGUCACUUCAGAUUUCAUAUUAAUCAUUGAAAAAUUACUUGCGCCUAAUUAUCCGCUAAGUGUACUGUUGAAAAAUGUUCUUCGAUUGACAUCAAACUCGAAGUAAUCGUGUUCUGUCGAAAUUAUUUAAUACAAAAGAACAGGGGAACAGUUCUUCGAAAUCUUAAAAUAGUAACGGUUGAGAAUCUCGAAGAAGAAAGCUCCGGAAACGCGAGGUUAUUCACUAGCUACUCGUACCCGUGACAAGGGUUUGACAUCUGUAAUCUGAGCACCCCUGAUCUACCGUACUUACGGUACUACGUACUUUUCAGGUUCAUCUCGACUAAUGCCAUGACACCWGUACACGGGUAUUAUUUGGAAGUUGCUCUGCUCUAAAAAUCUACUGAAAGAAGUUAGACGUACCGGUACUACCGGUAGCUAAGUGAUUUUUUUCAGGUUUCGAUUUUAGUGACGACUGACGACAGUACUCGUACGUACGAUUACGAAUUACGAGUACGAGUAUUUGUACUGUAGUAUGGCAUCAUUGUAAAGUAGGAACGUACGACACGAUUCCGUUCAUUUUCCUACGAUACAGUAGUGGUUGCCUUAAUUUUCUUUCUUUUCGGCAAGAGAGAUCGUCGCCUUUCGUCAAGGAUCAGUACGUGCUUGCAAUAGUAACUACCUGGAUCGAGCACUUUUCCUGAAAGAGAUGGAGCCAGGAGGAGACGAUUAGGUGCAACAACCAAUGAUUGACACACCUAUUCUUGGUAGGACAAGCAGGCGACAGAAGAGAUGGAUCUUUCCUUCUUUGCCAAAGUUCUCGAUUAGAUAUUCUUUGUGCGUUGGCAUCAUAAUCUUCUUGUCAGUGUCGUCGAAUAUCGAAUAUUGCCUGGGACUCCUACAACGCAAUUCCUUGAAUCUCCUUUAUCAUUCCAGAUUGGUGAGCUGUGCGAUAUCUCACUUGCAGUUGAGUUCGUACCGCCCUUUUUGUGAUUCAAAAAGCAUCAUAUCAAGGCUGGAAAAAGAUGGGGGAGUUUCCUAUCGGCAGUCGGUUUGCACAACCCAAGAGAUGGAAUCAAUUCGAAGUGAGAUUUUCCUCGUUAUGAAACGUGAUCUGACAAAAGAACGUUCCUCCAUUGCACAAAACCGACUUGGUGCCACUUUGUCAAGUGACAACGCGCAUGAGACAAUUUGCAUACUAGAGAAGGGGUCGAUUCACACAUUAGUCCAACGACUUGCGAGUUCUUCGGGCACUAAGAUUGAAUUGGCGCGUGAGGUACCUGUGGAAGUUCGUACAUACGAGCAAGUUGGAGCCUCAAUGGCCUGGCAUAAGGAUGAUAUUCUUUACGAUCCUCCUCAGGUCGAAGUUGUCUUCACCUUAGAGAAUGAUUCAGAUUGCGUCACGAUGUGGGUUCCUGAUAAGGGCGAAGGUACCGCCGGUGAAACCAACAAUGAUAUAAUCCAAAGCCAAGAAACGCACCCUAAUUCAAUGUUGAUUUUGCUGGCYGGCGGGCCUGAUCAUUGCGUAACAUCUCUCAAACGCGGUCGAAGGGUGAUCUUGAAAUGUGCGUACGUUUGCGAGGGCGCGACGUAUGUUGGGGAAGAAGAUCUUCACCAAUUUGGUUCAGUAAAAUCCAAUACGAAUGCAAAUAGAACAUCGAAGCCCAAGAGACGAAAACAGAAGAGAAGGCGUUGAGGAUAUGAUUGAGGAUCGAAUUGCCUAAUUCUUGUGUGAAUUUGAAAUUAAUCUUGUGACGCAGUGAUGGGAGGGACCGAUGCAUUGAGUGAAUACCGCAUUCAUGUGUUGAUACAAUCAAAGGCUCUCGAUGAAAAUGACCUGAUGCUAAAAUUUUAACGUGAGACUCAAAACAAACGUAUACUGCUUUAGAAUUUGCUACUGGGCGUAACUAGAGAAUGGGGCAAACAACCAAAUGCUUAUCAUUUAAUAUCCAAAUUCUAUCACACACAAGAAUGGUAAUUUACAGUAUAUGAUCUAUUCUGGCACCUAUCUCGGUUUUGCGUCAGCAAAAGGUAUGAACUGUCCCAAAACUGAUAAUUCGACCCUUUUGUUUCGUUUCAAUCACCAUACAAAGUAGGUGCAACAUGAUACCAACGUUAGUACAAAGUGCUCUUCGUAUUCAUACAACUUGGCACCACCAUUAGUACAGGGCACAUGAACCUCCCAUAGUGUUGGGUGUUUCGUAUCUUCUAUUUGACAUUGUGCUUCGUAUUCAUGCAAGAUGGCAUAUUUAGCACAAGGAAUAUUAUCUCCCAAGGUUGAGACCGUCAUCAUAAUUAUUUCGGAUUCUUACUGCUCGCAUAAAGUUAACUCAUCAGA